AUGCCAAAACCACUUGAGGAGCCACCUGAGGUUUUUCUCAUAAGAACCAAAAGUGGACAUUUUAAAUGGCCUCCGCUGAAUGUCUACCAGAGCUUUGAGGAUGAUUGCAGAGAAUUUAAUGUCAUAGGCUUGGAAGGUCAGCUUUCUGCUGGGAUAAUCAAUGAGAACCUUGAAUAUGUUCUCGCAAAGAGAGUGCAGGGUCAUGACCAGGACGCCUUCCAAUUAGGACAAGUAAUGUUUGAAAAAGUCACCGCCGUCGACAUGAUGGAGGGACUGCUGUCUUUAGAUAUUGCACCAAAUUCAGAAGUCGGAAAUGAAGAAAUUGUCAAUGCAGCAGCUUACAACCUUUACCUUGCGUACCUUCAUGGUUGGGGCGUCCGGCAGUCUGACGAAAAAGCGUUGAAAUUCUUAAUGAGGGCUGCCGGCAGAGGCGCGACCAAAAUAGCGGUCCUCGCUCAGACUACGCUUGGGUAUUACUUUUCAUCUCCCGAUCACCUGGACUUGGCCAAAGCAUUCUACUGGCAUAAUGAAGCCUGUGGUUUUGGCAGCGUGGAGUCACAGGUUGAUACUCGGGAACUUCUGAUUUCGCUUAUGUCCUGUCUGCCUGCCUUCCUUUAA